AUGGCAUUCCAGGCGCUCCUCUCGACAGUCACGGCUGCGCUGGUAUGCGCCUCGUCGGUGCAGUCGUACGUCUUGCCCUUGCAGGCCAACCCUGAACACAGCGGUGGGGAUUUGGCCGCUGCGCAGGCGUUCCGCCUCGCCGGUCGAUCGCUCAACGACCUCUCGUCGCAAGGAUCCAUCUCUGUUCCUGUGUACAAGAGGCAUGGCGGAUUGCACCCGGACAUCAACAAGCGCGACCCCGAGACGACGAGGAAGUGGGCACUACACCAGGCUGAGGUGAUGAAGACCAAGUUUGGCGCUUCCAACUCGAACCAGAAGCGUCAGACCAUCGGAUUGACCGACGUGGGUCCCGACAGCUACUACUAUGCCCAAGUCUCGGUCGGAACACCUGCGCAAAACUUUAACGUGGUUCUGGAUACCGGCUCGGCCGAUUUCUGGCUCGUCGACACGGACUGCGGCUCUUCGCAGGGCUGCGACUCGAACCUGAACAGGUACAACACCGCCGCCUCGUCCACGAACAUUGGCUCUAGCACCCCUUUCUCCAUUACCUACGGCACUGGCGCUGUCCGAGGCGUUCUCGCCGCCGACAAGGUCUCGCUGGCAGGCUACACGGUCAACAACCUCACAUUCGCCGAGGCCAACGCCGUGGCCUCCAACACGGUCGAAUAUCCGACCUCGGGCAUUAUGGGCAUGGGCUUCCAGUCGCUCUCGACCAGCGGUGCCACUCCCUUCUGGCAGGUGCUCGCCAAGCAGGGCGUGCUGCAGUCCAACGCUUUCACCUUCCAGCUCGCAAGGAACAUCGACAACAUCGACCCGACCAACCCCAACAUCAACGACGUUGAGAGCCCGGGUGGCGUUUUCACGCUCGGCAAGAUCGACUCCAACCAGUACAACGGCGACAUCACCUACACCAGCAUCCCCAACAACCUGCAGAACCAGCAAGGCUUGGGAUACUGGUCCAUCCCUCUUGAUGGCAUUACGGUCAAUGGUAACUCAGCCAACAUUGGUAGCAACCGGCUCGCCGCCAUCGACACGGGCACAACACUGAUCGGCGGGCCCGCUUCGUCCAUCGCCGCCUUCUACUCGCAGAUUAGCGGCUCGCGCUCGGCACGCAGCGCGGGCAUGCCCGGAUACUACCUCUUCCCCUGCAGCACCAACCUCAACAUCCAGCUCUCGUUUGGCGGCAAGAGCUGGACCAUGAACUCGCAGGACUUCAACCUGGGCUCAUACCCGUACACCAACUCGCAGACAUGCCUCGGUGCGCUGUUCGAGAUCGACCUCGGCUCGACGCAAUACGGUGUGCCGCAGUGGAUUGUUGGUGACUCGUUCCUCAAGAAUGUGUUUUCGGUGUUCGACGGCUCGGGACGCGUGGGCUUUGCUAGUCUCAAGGGCAGCCAGUCGCAGAUUGUCACGGUUACGUCGAAUGCCGUGGCGUCGCAGACGCCUCAGGCGACGAGUUCGGGUGCGUCGGCGACAGCCUCGCUCGGUGGUGCUGGAGGUGGUCUGCCGAGUGCGUCUUCGUAUGCUUCGCAGGCUACGGCGAGCGGCGUGUUUGGCGGUGGAAGCCUACCCGUUCCAUCGGCGAGCAGCGCUGUGGCUUCAUCUAACCCCUCGCUCACCGCGGCGCAGAGCAGCGGUAACAGCGGCAACAGCGGUGGCAGCAGCAGCAGUGGCAGCAGUGGCAGCAGUGGAAGCAGUGGAAGCAGUGGAAGCAGCGGUCCAUCCUCGGGUGCCAGCUCGAUCUUGCCCAAGGCGGCGAUCGGCGUCUCAGCCGCUUCGGCUACUGCAUUGUUGGCCGGUGCUCUCCUCGUGCUGUAA